CUGGGAUGUUCCUCCACCUUCCAAAUUUUCUUGCUCCGCGUUCCCUGGGACUCAGCCUUUACAGGGGCCAACUUCAGGUCCGCCACUAUCCCAGGAUUCCCGACUCCUGGUUUCCUGCCCUUCUUCCCUCCCAGCUCUCGGAGCCUGCGGGUGCAGCAAGAUGGCGGACGGUGACGGUUUAGGUGAAGCAGCGACUGCUGCGGCAUCUCCUCCCGCCCCUGCUCCCGGCCAGAGCCCGUUGCUGGGCUGGAGGGAGCGGCUGCGGGCUGGUCUGGCUGGGACUGGGGUCUCGCUGUGGUUCGUGGCGGGGCUGGGACUGCUUUACGCCCUGAGGGUCCCGUUGAGGCUGUGUGAGAAUUUGGCAGCGGUGACAGUGUUUUUAAAUUCAUUGACUCCCAAAUUCUAUGUGGCACUUACAGGAACAUCUUCUUUGAUAUCAGGACUAAUAUUUAUAUUUGAAUGGUGGUACUUCCAUAAACAUGGCUCGUCUUUUAUUGAGCAAGUAUCUGUGAGCCAUUUGAGACCUCUGAUGGGAGGAACAGAAAGCAGUAUUUCAGAGCCAGGUUCUACUUCUAGCAACAGAGAAAGUGAAACCAACAGACAGAAUUUGUCAGAAUGCAAAGUAUGGAGGAACCCUCUAAAUCUUUUUAGAGGAGCAGAAUAUAGAAGAUACACUUGGGUGACUGGUAAAGAGCCACUUACAUACUAUGACAUGAAUUUGUCAGCUCAGGACCAUCAGACCUUUUUCACCUGUGACACGGACUUUUUACGUCCUUCAGACACAGUUAUGCAGAAGGCAUGGAGGGAAAGAAAUCCUCCAGCUCGAAUCAAAGCAGCCUAUCAAGCUUUAGAAUUAAACAAUGACUGUGCCACAGCAUAUGUUCUACUGGCUGAGGAAGAAGCAACAACUAUUGUAGAUGCCGAAAGGUUAUUUAAACAGGCACUCAAGGCAGGAGAGACAAUUUACAGGCGGUCACAGCAGUGCCAGCACCAAAGUCCUCAGCAUGAAGCUCAACUGAGAAGAGAUACCAAUGUACUGGUAUAUAUUAAAAGAAGAUUAGCAAUGUGUGCAAGAAAAUUAGGAAGAAUACGAGAAGCAGUAAAAAUAAUGAGAGAUCUGAUGAAAGAAUUCCCUCCUCUUACCAUGUUGAACAUCCAUGAGAAUCUCCUAGAAUCACUUUUAGAAUUACAGGCCUAUGCAGAUGUUCAGGCAGUCCUAGCAAAAUAUGAUGAUAUAAGCCUUCCAAAGUCAGCAGCAAUUUGUUACACAGCAGCACUACUGAAGACAAGGACUGUUUCAGAUAAAUUCUCUCCUGAAACAGCCUCCAGAAGAGGGCUAAGCACAGCAGAAAUUAAUGCCGUGGAAGCAAUUCAUAGAGCUGUGGAAUUUAAUCCUCAUGUUCCAAAAUAUUUACUAGAGAUGAAAAGUCUAAUUUUACCUCCAGAACACAUUCUGAAACGGGGUGACAGUGAAGCAAUCGCCUAUGCUUUCUUCCAUCUUCAGCACUGGAAGAGGAUUGAAGGUGCACUUAAUCUGUUACAGUGCACGUGGGAAGGCACUUUUAGAAUGAUUCCAUACCCUUUAGAGAAAGGCCAUCUAUUUUACCCAUAUCCCAGCUGCACAGAGACUGCUGAUAGAGAGCUAUUACCUACCUUUCAUCAUGUUUCUGUUUACCCAAAGAAGGAGCUUCCUUUUUUCAUCCAUUUCACAGCAGGACUGUGUUCUUCUACAGCAAUGAUAGCUCUCCUCACACACCAGUUUCCUGAAAUCAUGGGUAUUUUUGCUAAAGCUGUAAUAAUAGUUCAAACCCAAAAGGAAAAUGCUAAUUCAUUCUAGUCCCAGAUCGAAAAGCACUGAGAACUAUAGAAACACUGACCCUUACUCGGUAAUGUAAUUUCUAUAUUUUUCUCUAUAUGCCUCCAUUUUGACUCCCUGUUUUUUUUUUCUGCCUUAAGAACAGUUUAUUUUGUACCUUAAAGGUCAGUUGGUUUUCUUUUGGCCCCAGUAGUAAAAGCACUGGUUUCCCUUUUUCCCUGAAGGUCAACUGUAUAAUGUGUUAAGUUGCCACUGGCUGUAGGCCUAAGAGUCUGAGACUACACUUGAUUCUGGGUCAGUCUUCAAGGGAAAUGACUUCCCACUGUUGUUCAGGGAGUAUAGAUAUUUGGGUUGGAAACUGACUAUUUCCUUUUAGUGUAAAAGGGAAGUAUAGUGAUCAUACCAUAACUGUUAUUUGCAGUGGUGCUGCCCGGGGAGUGAGUGCAUCUCAAACUGAAAUGACCUUACUGUGCAAUCCAGCAGGGAAAAAGUUGACUAGAAAAGGAAUCCUGCCCAUUUCACAACUGGAAAAAUAUAUGCAGCUGUUUAUUUGAGAUCACAGGCGAGCGGUGGAAGAGAUGGUCCUUGAGUUUCUCUCAGGGCAGUGGGAAACAGAUAAAAUUGAGGGGGGAGCAAGAUCUAGAAUCUGAAAUCUAUAUGUAGCAAUUGUUAGUAGUAUACUUCCAGCUGAAAUUAAUGUGCAGUGUACUCACUAUCUGCUCUGUCCAUUCUUGUUAGUAUAUAGUGUCUGUCCUUACCUGAGACAUCACUGAUGCACCUGAAGAGCCUUUAAGAAGACCUAGCACAGGCUCCUUAGCACUCCGCUAGAAGAGUCUGAGAAAUAAUAAUUAUAUAUUUUAAAGUAGAAGCUUUUUUUAGACCAAAGGUUAUUAAUUUACUGUGAUUCUAGUUAAUGAACAAUAAAUAGGCAUUUAUUUACUAUCUUUUGAUAUUUGUAUGGUUGGUGGUAUAUAGUUAGAAAUGUGCCUCACAGCAAACUUUGAUAGCCACAUUUUAUACUGUGGCCUUUACAUGUACAUUUUAAGUUCCUAAAAGCUAACUAUUUACUGAAAGUACCCGCAAACCAAUAUUUGGUACGCUGCAAUAUCAAAGGCAGGUUCCAUUGAAGACUUUAUGGAAAGUUAUUACAUAAGGGCCAUCCCCAGCUUACAAACACAACGUAUAAAUGCCUCACACCCAACCAGCCAGCAAGGGAGUUGGAGGCUCACAUUCUACUUCCUCACCACUUAAUAAAGCUGAUCUAUGCAAUAGCAGCGUCACCAUCACCCAGCGUGGUCUAUGCAGUAAGAAUGUCACCAUCACCCUGGAGCUUGUUAGAAAGGCAGAACCUCUCUCUCAGAAAUAAAUAAAACAUUUAAGAAAUUUAAAAGA